AUGGGUGACAUCUGGAGAAACUGAGUAACAUUUCUCAAAAUCUUCAUUUCUGACAUGCCUGUGUGGAAUUGUAUAAUAUUUCUGGACGUGAGAAGAAUCCAUCUUGAAGCUCCAUUUUCCUUUCCAACUAAUGAACUCUUGAACUGAGCCAGAAGGGACAAUAGUUUUACAAACAGUUAAAUUUCAACACAACAACUGGCAUUCAGGUCAUAUGAAGACAGCAAAGGUAGUAAAUACAUAGUAGAGAAGGUUUAAUUUGACAGCAGCAAUAAAGCCAUAGUUAUCAGAAUGGCUCCACUGGUCAGGGACAAAUUAGCACCUUUCCCUCUUAUUUUCUUUAUGUGCAUCAUGUAAUCACCCCUUCUUUUUCAUAAAACCGCUUGCCUUUCCUCCCAGAGCACAGCACUUUUCUGGUUUCCCGCAACCCGUGCUCUCUGUACUGUAACUCCAAGACCCCCCAAGAAAAGCCUUUGUUCUUUUUCGGUUUCACCACCUCCUGUUAUUUCACACCUGCUUGACGAUGCAGGUUGCGGGUCCUGAGUGCUAAAGACCAACGGAUGACUCCUCACCUCCCCCGUUUUCCUUCUGUCCUUGAAAUUAAAAUGGAAAAAGUGUAUCCCCCACCUCACAGAGCUUUCUCACUUUCACCAACCGUCCCCUCGAGAACUGGAAACGUUUAAAGGUGGGGGAUUUAACUGGAAACCCCGGUGCCCAGGAUCCUGGAGUGCUCGGGGGCGCGCGGCCUCCUACCAGGGCGGGGACUGGCCCGCCUCCCUGAGCCAGAGACGCUCCGCGCGCCGCGGUGAGAACCCCCGGGCUUUCCAGCUGAAGCCGGCAAUCGCGCGCGGCCGGGAGCGACGAUGGGGAGGCCGGUGUUCAGGAGGUCCUUCUGUCGUCUGUCUGCCUACAGAUUGAUUUGGUUCUUUGCAGCAGUGAUGCCAUGCAGGGCGCAAGUGGUGGCCCAAAAUGAAAAAAGGCCACUGAACACACCUGCUUCCUUAAGAUGCUCUCUGCAAAAUUCUGAGGAAGUCUUGAUUGUGACAUGGCAGAAAAUCAAGCCUGUUAGCCCAGAAAACAUGGUCACCUUCAGCAAGAACCAUGGGGUUGUGGUCCAGCCCGCCUAUAAGGACAAGAUAAACAUCACCGAGCUGGAACUCAAGAACUCAACCAUCACGUUCUGGAAUACAACCCUGGAGGAUGAAGGGUGUUACAAGUGCCUCUUCAAUACUUUUGGUUCUGGGAAGAUCUCAGGAAUAGCCUGCCUCACCCUCUCUGUACAGCCCACAGUGUUCCUUCACUAUAAAUUCUUCGAAGACCACCUGAAUAUCACUUGCUCUGCCAAUGCCCGCCCAGCCCCUGUGAUCUCCUGGAAGGUGUCUGGGUCAGGGAUUGACAACAGUACUGAGGUUCUCUCCCACCCCAAUGGGACCACAUCUGUCACGAGCGUCCUCCAGGUCAAAGACCCCAAGAGUCAGGUGGGGAAGGAGGUGGUCUGCCAGGUGCUUCACCUGGGGAACGUGACCAGCGUCACGCAAACUGUGGAUAAAGGCUUUUGGUUUUCAGUUCCGCUCUUGUUAAGCAUUGUUUCCUUGGUAAUUCUCCUGGUUUUAAUCUCUAUCUUAUUAUACUGGAAACGUCAUCGGAACCAAGACUGAGAGCCAUAGAGGAAUCACACAGAACCCUGAAAAGUUACGCCCUGGUCUACUUGAAUCUGACUCAGGAGGAAGGCAGGAGGAAAAGGAUGGUUCUCUGAGGGACAGAAAGAGCAGAAGAGGUAGGGGUAAAAGACCUAAGAAUUUCAAGAUUUUCUACUGCCAUCUAAGCUACCCAGUGGUUGUGGGAGUUCUAAAAGAAGUCGUUUUACCUCUCAAGUCUGUUGUAGGACUUGAUUUUGUGAAGCAAUGAAGUAUUGUGCUGUUGAAUGGAGACUGGACUUUGAAUCAGUAGCCACAACUCUGAGGCUGACUCUGGCUCCAACGGAGGGCAACCCUCUGUUCAUCACUUUAUCUCAAUGAGCAUCCACACCUGCAUCUAGAAAAUUAGGAAGCUGGACAAGAUAGUUUGCCAAUCUGCUCUAAAAACUGAUAUAAUUCCAGGGAAAAGAGGAAUCAAGAAAUGGAAAAGAGAAAGGAGAACACGGGAAGGUGUUAAGGACCAAAGAACUUUUCUGAGACGACCUUUCACCUUUCUGUUGCUGUUUGAUCUCUUCUAUAUUGUUCUUAGGUCCACAAAUGUGUUUCCUCCUCAUGUGGUGGUGGUAGUCCUCUACCUGCUCACUGCUCUGUUAGUAAGUGAUCUUCCUAGAACUCUUGGUUUCACUUCUGUCCUUCAUGUCCUUCUGUGACUGACAUUUAGCACAAUGAAUAUGAGACUGAAUUCAUUGCAAAGUAACAUUGGCAACCUUAACUUUGCUUAUCUACUUGUAUAGAAGAAUAAGUAUUGUUAGCCCAGCAGCUCACAUUUAAAAAAAAGAAUUUCCUGUCCCAUUUGACUUAUAACAGGAUCCAGUUGUAUACCAAUCAUUGUGAAUUCAAAAGGAAAUAUAUGAUAAAAUAAAAACAGGCAUUUAGGAAGUUUCAAAUUCAAUUCAAAGUCAAUUCAAGUGCUUCUCUCUCCUGGCUUCUUUUCCCAUGUGUUAACUUCUCACAACAGUAGAGAAGGUGUGUAUGGGUUUACAAAUCCCUUUGUUCUAAAUAUAUUGUUCUAACUAGUGGAACAUUUUUGAACUCUUAAAAAUCACAAGACCAAAUUAGUGACAUUUGCAGUGCCCUUUGCUUUCUUGUCUCUGCUCAGUGACCUAAGAACUAAAGUAUAUGUUGUUUUCACUGUUGAAUUGGAUAUUUGUAUAUUUAGUAAGCUUUUCAUAUGUUAUUUAAUUCUGUAUUAUUUCUUAUAUUUGUAUUAAGAUACUGGAUGAUUAAAAGUGUCAAAUCUAA